CGUCGCUCUCAAAACAGCACCAUGGCGCUAGAGGAUUUUGAGAAAUCAUUGGUGGAGGAGCAAGAAAGACGUCGCGAGCGAAGCGACAAGGACAGACAUCGCCAUCACCGAGACAGAGACAGGGAUCGCAGCCGCGAGCGCUCAAGGCACCACCGACACCACCGUCGUUCAUCCCGAUCAAGAGAGCGUGAUCACGACAGGCAUCGCGAGUCGCGUCGGACCGAUGAGGGCAGUCACCGACACAAGCGAUCGCGUCACUCGACUGACCACGGAGACGAUCGCGAUCAUGAUCACAAGCGCCGACACAGGGACAGCAGAGAUGAGGAAAGGAAAUCGCCAGCUGCAACUGCGGAAGCGGUCCAGAAUGAGGCUCCCAAGCUAAAGAGAGACGCUUGGAUGGAAGGUCCCUCCAGUCUCGACAUCGACUACGUACAGCGGCGCUCGACUACGCGUUUGGAAGAAGAACCAAAACCCAAGAUGCUUUCGGCGGAUUAUGAGCUAAAAAUCCACGGUCGGGAACUCAAUACACAUCUACGAGAUCUGAAGGACGGAAAGGUUCUCGAAGAGAUUGAAGGACAGCCCGCACAACAUGACGUCGACUACACCUUUGGUGAUUCCGGCUCUCAGUGGAGAAUGACCAAGUUAAAAGCUGUUUACAGAGAGGCGGAGGAAACUGGUCUGUCAGUAGAAGAGGUUGCGGUGAAUCGGUUCGGAGAUAUUCGCUCGUUCGAUGACGCACGUGAAGAGGAGGCAGAACUUGAUCGCCGUGAAAGAUACGGGGAAGGUUAUGUGGGCAAGGAGAAGCCGUCGGGCGAGCUUUUCCAGGAGCGAAAGCAACAGGAGAAUGUCCAUCGCGGGGCACAUGAGCACGUUCGCGAUCCCGCCAAGGAGCUUAACGCUGAAGGACAGGGGAAGCCGAUGGAGACUGUGCCUCCCCAGAACACGACCCAGCAUCUUGAUCUGACAGCACUCAAUCGACUCAAGGCUCAAAUGAUGAAAGCCCAGCUCAAGGGCGCCCCAGAUGCCGCUGAGCUCGAGGAGCGCUACAAUACAGCAGCCGCUGCUAUGGCUAAUCGUAAGGAGUCGGAUGUAGUAGUGUUGGGCGUCAUGGAAAACCGCAUGCUAGCUGGAAAGAGGAACGAAGUGAAGGCAGUUGAGAACAAGCGAGGCCGGGAGCGAGGCAAAGUGGAGGACAAUGAUGAUAUGACUAUCGAAGACAUGGUGCAAGAGGAACGACGGACUCGCGGACAGUUUGGCGGAGACGGACGUCGUAUUGCUGAGAGAAUUGCCAAGGACGCCAAAUUCGAGAAUGAUCUCGAAUAUAUGGAUGAUAAUGCAUCCAAACUUGCUCGUCGGGUACACCGCUCAGAAAUCGACAUCAAGAAUACGACUAUCAACGAGCUGCAGAAGAUGAACAGGAUUCUCGACAAUUGUCCCCUCUGCCACCACGAAGACACAAAUACACCGCCGAUGGCCCCCGUCGUCUCGUUGGCCACGAGAGUAUACCUGACACUCCCCACCGAACCUGAACUAAAUGAAGGAUGCGCUACCAUUGUUCCCAUCCAGCAUCGUACGAAUCUGUUGGAGUGCGACGACGACGAGUGGGAGGAGAUUCGCAAUUUCAUGAAGAGCUUGACCCGCAUGUACCACGACCAAGGCCGCGACGUGAUUUUCUAUGAGAACGCGGCCCAGCCUCAUCGCAAGCGACAUGCUGCCAUGGAGGUGGUUCCUCUUCCGUACAGUCUCGGAGAGACAUCCCCGGCCUUCUUCAAGGAGGCAAUUCUCUCUUCGGAUGCGGAGUGGUCCCAGCACCGAAAGCUGAUUGAUACCCUCGGCAAGGCCAAGCAAGGCAUGGGGCGGAGUGCUUUCCGCCGUAGCAUUGCCAAAGAGAUGCCUUACUUCCAUGUGUGGUUCAGUCUUGACGGCGGCCUGGGCCAUGUUGUAGAAGAUGAGAAUCGCUGGCCGCGUGGAGACCUCUUUGCUCGUGAGGUCAUUGGAGGGAUGUUGGAUCUGGGCCCAGAAGUGAUCAAGCGGCAGGGCCGUUGGCAACGGGGCGGUGAUCCACGAGUUCCUGGAUUUCAGAAGAGAUGGAGGAAGUUUGAUUGGACUCGUGUUCUUGUUGAGGGAUGAUUUGUACUUAAUUGGAGGAUCUUGUGAACGAAAGCGAAGCCACAGGAUAAGCCGGUUCCAUCCGCACUGUAAGAUACAGCAGCACCUCACUUUACUCUCACUUAGUGAAUCAUC